CCGGGCGGUGGGGGGGAAGAGCGGCCCCGGAGCGUGGCGGGCGGGCACGGGCGGCAGCCGGAGGAGGCGGAGGAAGCGCUGUCAGCGGGGCCGGCCGUCUCCGCCCGCCGGGCAUCCUUCAGCACCGCCGGGCUGAGCUUCGCCCGCCGCCUGUCUGAGGAGCUGCUGAAAUGGGUUGUGGAUUGAACAAACUAGAGAAGCAUGAUGAAAAACGACCUGGUAAUAUCUAUUCAACUUUGAAGAGGCCCCAGGUAGAAACCAAGAUAGAUGUUUGCUAUGAAUAUCGAUUCCUUGACUUCACGACGCUAAAUGAUACUGAGCUGCCAGGAUCAUCUGCAAUCAAGCUUUCCUCCUUGUGUGAUCUUCCAGCUCAGCUGCAAGAAUUGUACCAGCAGGGCUUUGUCUUGGCUGCUGUCCACCCUUUCGUGCAACCAACUGAUGAAAAAGAGAAAACUCCCCAGGAACAAAUCUUCAGGGCUGUGCUUAUCAAGAAAACAGAAAGGUCUUCAAAAGGUGACAUCCAUAGUGAAGGAUAUAUCUUGGAGGUGGAGUGCUGCUCCUCUUUAAACCAACUUUCAGACAAAAAGGAGAUUCCUGAUUUUAUUAAGAAAAUUCAAGAUGCUGCAAGUCAAGGCUUGAAAUUUGUUGGAAUUAUACCUCAGUACCAUUCCCAAAAGAACUGUCUUGUCAGCGCCUCCUUGACACCCACCAGUAACAACUCUGUGCAAUCAAGAGAUAACAAAAAUGUUUCAAAUUACCCUGAGGAUCACGCUUCACCUGAUGGCGAGAAAAUAGAUGGCAUUAAUGGAUGCAGUACGCCAGCACUGAGUGAGGAAAGUGCUGACCAAUGUGCCCCAUCCGGGGAGGACUGGAGGGGUGAAGGACAGGCUGCCGAAGAGGUGAAUCUCAGGUCCGCAAAGGGAAACGAAGAACAGUUUCAACAUGCAAACCCAAGUGUAAGAGAAGGAGCAGACAAGCCAAAUGGACUUGCAGAGAACGAAACACCAGCACGAUGCUUAAAACCACUUACUGGCAAAACAGAGAUCUUCGCUCUUUUCAACAAGCCUAAAACCCUACAAAAAUGCAGCCAAUAUUAUACAGUGACUAUCCCUAUGAGGAUCUCCAGGAAUGGGCAGACUGUCAACAGCUUAGAAGCAAAUUGGCUGGAGCACAUGACAGAUCACUUCAGGAAAGGAGGCUCGUUGGUAAAUGCCAUCUUCAGCCUUGGAACGGUAAAUGAUUCUUUACAUGGGACAAUGGAUGGAAUAUUUCUCUUUGAAGAUGUUUCUGUGGAAGACAGUAAAAACAUACAGGGCUAUGAUGCAAUUGUUGUAGAGCAGUGGACUGUCCUGAAGGGAGUUGAAGUGCAGACAGAUUACGUUCCGCUGCUGAAUUCGCUUGCCAUGUACGGCUGGCAGCUGACAUGUGUGCUUCCUACUCCCAUUGUGAAGACAAACAGGGAGGGAAAUUUAUCUACAAAGCAAAUUGUAUUUCUUCAGAGACCUUCCUUGCCCCAGAAAGCAAAGAAGAAAGAAUCUAAGUUUCACUGGAGGUUCUCCAAAGAAGGCGUGCACAACAAACAAAUGAAGAAUUCCACAAAGCCUAGACUAAGUACUAGGGAGAAGCAAAAAGCAGCAGAGAGGCAGGAGUUUGAAGUCACGGAGAACACAAGAAACUUAGAAGCACAAAUCUCAACAGCAGACAAGCCUGAUCCAGAAGAGCAGCUGGAUGAUGUCAUAGACUUGGGUGAUGCAGUAGCUGGGACCAACAACAGAGGUACCCAUCACAACGGGGCGUCAGAAGAAACAUGUCCUGCCGGUUGCGAUACUGGUGACAGUGAUGCCCAGGUCUGCCUCAGCGAGAGCACAGCUGGCUGCUGUGUGGAGCAGGUCACAGAACAGGGACUCUGUGCUCCAGUGUCAGACGUCUGCAGUGGCAGGGAUGUGUACAGCUCCUGUGAAUAAGACCCGCACUGGGAGAAUCCUGUGAGUUGCUGAUACUUUGCCAAGAGAAAAGAACAGAUUUUGCUUAUCGCCAUUGCUCAAUUCAGCAUUUCUUUGGCAUUGUACUUCCUUUGCUCUUUAGCACACCAGUAUCUUGAUGUUUUAAGUCACUCCAGGGCCUGGGCUUUCUAACCCACAGAAAUUAAUUGCAAGAUUCCAUCUGCUGUACAGAGCGGGAAAUGCCCUACACCGUCUCCUAGAGCUACACUUGAAAUUAAAAAGCAAGGUCAGAAAACAUACUUGGGUUUUUCUGUGAGUGACCUUAGUAAAAUAGGUUUGCAUCUAGGUCAGGGCAAACGUUCCACUCAGAUCUUACUCUGUAAUACUUUCUUGUCCAUGUAUCUUUGCUGGAGAAGUUAUUGUGCCAUAUGUUAUUUUGUCAUUAAGCUUGUAGUGUCAUGGAAAUGGUAUUUGGACUUAAACAGGCUGAAAUGGGAAAGCAUAGAUAAGAUGGCUGUUAUCUAUAUUUAUCUCAAAUAGCAUACUUACUGAUGAGUUUUCUGAGUUUUAGUAACUCCUGCAGAUCUUUAAGCAAUGAGCAAAGCGUGCACCUAUUUUAGGCAGUCUGGGUAAACAAAUCCCAGGGUACCUUUGUGUGAGGUAGACAAUUCCAAUAUAAAAUGCAGUUCGCUAUCUGCUCACAUUUCUGUUUUCUUUAUCAGUUCAUCAAUAGUGUGGGGGCUUCAGAAGGCAGAAAAACAGGGAAAAAAAAAAAGCAGGUAAAAUGUGCUGCUUUCAGUAGCUAUCAUUGCUAAAAUUGGAAUGUGAUGCUACCUCCUGCCCCUUCCAGGUGGUCAUGCACCACUUCCUCACUGUUACGGGAACUGAAAUUGUACACAUGGGUCAGCGUCCAACAAAUGUCACUAAAUGACCUUACACAUACCUUAAUAAAGGGGGUUUUGUACAAGUAACCGUAUUUUUGGACUGAUACCUACCAAAAAGUCUGUAAAAUUACCAACAUUUUUAUGUUUGGAGCUACAUUAAAAUAUUUACAAGUGAA